AUGGAGACCCGGUGUGUACUUCUGCAGGAUAACGAGUUCGCCCUGAUGUCGGCCACCUGGAACAGGUUUGUAGAGAACUGCAUAGCCUGCUUCAAGCCUGGUGCCAACAUCACACUAGAUGAGCAACUGUCAUCCUGCGAGGCCGGGUGUAAAUCCCAGCAGUACAUGGGCAAUGAGCCAGACACAUUUUGCAUCAGAUUCUGGCUGUACGGAAAAAAGCCCAGCCUCGUUGGCACCUUGGGGAAAGGGAAGCGUGAGAUGCCCCCCUCCGCAAAAGAGAAGGCAGAGCCGUUCAGCACCAAGGUGCUGAAAUAUGGGGACGUCACGCUCACCAUCUACCAGGGGAGGCCAAACAAGAAUUUGUCUCCUCUACAGAACUUGUACCAGAACCGCUUCCUGGGUCUGGCGGCUAUGGCUUCCCCGUCUCGGAGCUGCCAUAACCGUAAGCGUUGUAAGAACAUGGGUCGCCUUGGCUACAGUGCUGAGAGUAAUGCUGCCACUGACCUAAACCAAGAGAGGUUUAUGGUUGAACUACCACGGUGCUCCAGCGAUACUGAUCUGGUGUCCCCAGAAACCCGCUCCACCCUCACUGUCGAUUCCUUCCACUACACCAUCGGUCAAUCUGAGGAGCUAGUGAUAUCUUGGGACAUCAAGGAGGAAGUAGAUGCUGGAGAUUGGAUUGGAAUGUACCUUGUUGGUGAGGCUUUGUCAGAAAACUUUCUGGAUUAUAAGAAUCGAGGAGUAAAUGGUUCCCACAUUGGACAUAUAGUCUGGAGGAUUGAUGCUUGCACUUUCUUCACGGAGGUUGAGACCAAGAUCUGCUUCAGGUACUAUCAUGGUGUGAGUGGAGCACUGAGAGCCACCACCCCAAGUGUCACCAUCAAGAAUUCCUGUGAAGCUGAAUUCAGGCCAGUGGUCAGCCCUGAGGACAAUCAGGGACUGGGCAACAGGAGACUCAUUAACUUCUCUCUCUCAGACCUCCAGGCAGUGGGGUUGAAGAAGGGCAUGUUCUUUAAUCCAGACCCCUACCUGAAGCUCUCCAUCCAGCCUGGGAAGCACAGCAUUUUCCCUUCCCUACCCCACCAUGGUCAGGAGAAACGCUCUAGCAUCAUCUGCAACACCGUCAACCCACGGUGGGACAGAGAGAAGUUUAAUUUUGUGUCGCUUCCUACUGAUGUGCUGGAGAUCGAGGUAAAGGACAAGUUUGCCAAGAGUCGACCAAUUAUCAAGCGCUUCCUUGGAAUACUCUCUGUUCCUGUUCAGAGGCUACUGGAGAAGCAUGCCAUUGGCGACCGAGUGGUAAAUUACUCACUGAGUCGUCGGCUGCCAACAGAUCAUGUCAGUGGCCAGCUGCAGUUCCGCUUUGAGUUGACCUCCUCUAUACAUCCAGAUGAUGAGGAGGUUUCUCUGCUCUCUGGAGAGGACCAAGAGGAUGACGACUACAGUACUGACCUACCCAAAAGUGAUGCUGUGGGCUUGCCACCCGAGAUACCUAAUCUCCGCUUGGACGAAGCUCUUGGCCCAGAGAUUAAUCAGCCAACUCUAGAAGGUGUUUCUACAGUUGAGGAGGACCAUCAUUUUGAGGGGGAGCCACAGGAGAUACCUGAGGUGGAGCAAGGGCCCACUGAAGAGAAGGACACAAGUCCAGAGAGCAGCCCAACUACUGAACGUCAGAUUAACAGAGAGGAGGGUGGAUCUGCAGAUGAGGUGGAAGAAAAGAGAGAGCAGAGAAAAGAAGGGAGAAAGGAGGAAAGUGAGUUAGAAUAUGAGGAGACACUAAGACAGCCUAGACCCCAAUCUGAAGAGGUAACAGGAGUUGAAGAAGAAGGAGGAGGUUGGGAAGAAGUGCAGUCAAAACUUGAUUCUGGAAAUUCUGAAGUACUUAUGGAUAAUGACGAGGUUAUGGAUACGGUGGACCCUAUGAAGGACACUAGUGGAUCUCAGGAAACAGCUGUAGAACUAGCACAGGAAGCAACAGUGGGGCUGGAGGAGGGGGAAAGAGAAGCAGAGAGCAGAAAAGUUCAGGGUAGUUGCGACUCCGACAACCACUCCCUGCCAAAAUCCAACUCUAGUGUUCCCACGUUGGGUGUCAUGAGACAUAAAAUCCGUCCCUUCUCUCUCCCAGUGUCUGAGCUGGAAACAGUGAUUGCAUCUGCAUGCGGUGAACCAGAAACACCCCGUUCCCAUUAUAUCCGAAUACACCACCUCCUCCACAGCCUUCCAUCUGCCUUGCACAGAGAGCCCAGCCAAGAAAAUGAUGUGGAAGUUGGGGAUGGAGAGAACUCCAGUUUCUCAACCACAGUUCUUGAAAACUUCACUUCCCCUCCACCAACUCACACCGCCCCUGAAGAAGGAGAGGAUGAGGAGCAGAAUAUAACUCAGUCUGUAUCUCAGGUUGCAGAGUGCCUGGUGACUGGUUGCUAUCGCAACCUACCCCACAGCCUUUCCAUUGAACAACUUUCAGGACUCAACCAGCUUCUAGAGGGUGAGGAAGGAGGAGGAGCAGAGAAAAGAGACAAGAGGAACUCUUCUUCAUGUAUGGGCAAUGAGGAAAGAAUCGGUAACAGUGGAGGAGCGGGAGGAAGAGGCGGUCAGAGCAACUCUAGACUUCCUACAGAAAGUGAAUGUGAGCUGUGUGACAGCUCCUGCUAUAGCACCUCCUGCUACAGCACCUCCUGUAAUAGCACAUCCCGCUAUAGCCAGUUGGGCUAUGAAGGGAGGAGCCGGUUCUGCAGCCACACCCGCCUCUCCUCAGUGGACAGCACACGACUCUCUGGGAGCACAGUUUUCUCCUCUCAAGAUGAGGAUGAGGAUGAGGAAGAAAACAGUGCCUUUGAGUCAUUUGCAGACUUGGUCCACAGCCCUGAGGGCAGCGAGGUCAGUAGGACAGGAGGAGAGAGGAUGACAGGGAGUUGGAGAGAAGGGAGCAGGACAGAGAACGGGGAGCCAGCUGCGGAGGAGCCCAGCGAUAGCAAUAGCACAGGCUCAGGCUUCUCUCCUUCUGUUGGGCACAUGCCAGUCCUGAGGCCCAGCCAUGAGCAAAACCACUCCCUUGGCAUCACUGACCAAGCUUUACCUCCAAACUGGGAGGCUCGUAUUGAUAGCCAUGGCAGAGUGUUCUAUGUGGACCAUGUCAACCGGACAACAACCUGGCAGAGACCUAGCCAUGCCCCCAAGUGGGACCACACCCUCCCCUGUUUGACUUCCAGCCAGCAUAUGGAACAACUCAACAGAAGGUACCAGAACAUCCAGAGAACAAUGGCCAUAGAGGAGGAUUGUGGGAGUCAAAGGCUGGAAAGGAGUGGCAACAGCGAAGCAGAGGGCCCUGCCGCACAGACAGGCCCCUGCUCCCCUGUCAAUCAUCAGAAGCUCAGCCUUCUUCUUCAAUCCCCUGCCGUCAAGUUUGUCACACAUCCUGAGUUCUUCACUGUGCUUCAUGGCAAUUAUGGAGCUUACCGAAUGUUCACCAAUAGUACCUGUGUAAAACACAUGAUCCUGAAGGUGCGUCGUGAUGCCAGGAACUUUGAGCGCUACCAACACAACCGAGACCUGGUCAUCUUUCUCAAUAAGUUUGCUGACACACAUCUGGAACUACCAAGGGGAUGGGAAAUCAAGACAGAUCCUCAGGGCAAGUCGUUCUUUGUGGACCACAACAGGAGAGCCACAACCUUCAUAGAUCCCCGCAUCCCUCUGCAGAACAGCUGGCAACCCGGACACCUCACACAUAAACAGCAUCUGCAGAGACUCCGCAGCUACAGUGCUGGGGAGGCCUCUGAUGUGUCCAGGAGUCGAGGGGCCUCUCUGAUGACCAGGCCUGUCAAUAGUCUGGUAGCAGCAAUACGGAGCCAGUACCAUCCUGACCCUCUAGACCCUCUACCACAAGCCACUCCAUUGUCUUACAAUGACAAGAUCGUGGCAUUCCUUCGUCAGUCAAAUAUCUUUGACAUGUUACAGGAACGACAGCCCAGCCUUGCCAGAAACCACAUCCUCAGGAAGAAGAUCACCUACAUCAGGUCAGAGGGGUACCAGGGGCUAAUGAAACUGUCAUGUGAUGCAGACCUGGUCAUCCUGCUAAGUUUAUUUGAAGAGGAAAUCAUGUCCUAUGUUCCUUCUAACCCGAUCCACCCCAGGUAUGGCUUCUCUCCUCGUUGUUCCCCUGCCUCCUCACCGCAGAACUCUCCUGGACUGCAGAGAGCCAGGGCUCCAGCUCCUUACCGCAGAGACUUUGAGGCCAAAUUACGGAACUUCUACAGGAAGCUUGAAGCUAAGGGCCACGGCCAGGGGCCAGGCAAGGUUAAAUUGCUGAUCAAAAGGGAGCAGUUGUUGGAGGGGACCUUUAACCAGGUAAUGGCCUACUCCCGUAAAGAACUGCUGAGGAACAAGCUGUAUGUCACCUUUCUAGGAGAGGAGGGCUUAGACUACAGUGGUCCGUCUAGGGAGUUUUUCUUCCUCCUGUCCCAGGAGUUGUUUAACCCAUACUAUGGUCUCUUUGAGUACUCGGCCAAUGACACGUAUACUGUUCAGAUCAGCCCCAUGUCUGCAUUUGUUGAAAACCACAUAGAAUGGUUUCGUUUUAGUGGCCGUAUAUUGGGCCUGGCUCUGAUUCACCGAUACCUUCUGGAUGCUUUUUUCACUCGACCCUUCUACAAGGCCCUGCUCCGACUACCCACAGACCUAUCUGACCUGGAGUACUUGGAUGAGGAGUUCCACCAGUCUCUGCAGUGGAUGAAGGAUAAUGACAUUACUGACAUCCUAGACCUCACCUUCACUGUUAAUGAGGAGGUGUUUGGACAGGUGACCGAACGGGAGCUGAAGUCAGGUGGGGCUAAUGUCCAGGUGACAGAGAAGAACAAGAAGGACUAUAUAGAGCGCAUGACCAAGUGGAGGGUGGAGAGAGGGGUGGUGCAGCAGACCGAUGCACUGGUUAGAGGAUUCUAUGAGGUGGUCGACUCCAGGCUGGUGUCGGUGUUUGAUGCUAGGGAGCUGGAGCUGGUGAUUGCUGGCACCGCAGAGAUCGACCUGAAUGACUGGAGGAGCAACACAGAGUACAGAGGAGGUUAUCAUGAUGGUCACGUAGUGAUGGGCUGGUUCUGGGGUGCUGUGGAGCGAUUCAACAAUGAACAGCGUCUCCGCCUGCUGCAGUUUGUCACUGGUACAUCCAGCGUGCCCUAUGAGGGCUUUGCCACCCUGCGAGGCUCCAAUGGUCUACGGCGUUUCUGCAUUGAGAAAUGGGGCAAAAUCACUUCCCUGCCUAGGGCUCACACUUGUUUUAACCGCCUGGACCUCCCUCCAUACCCCUCUUACACUAUGCUGUUUGAAAAACUAUUGAUUGCUGUGGAGGAGACAAGCACCUUUGGCCUGGAAUGA